AUGAGAAUGCUAGCCUCGACACUGGCAUUAGCACUGCCCGUUUGGCCAACGGCGUGCCUCAACGAGGAUGAACGCACCGCCGUCCAAGAAGCUUGCCGCGAGUUGGCCAAGACUCUCCCCGAAAACGUCCACCUGCCCAAUUCACCCGGCUACAACCUCUCCAACACAUACUGGUCAGCUCGCCAAUCGGCGCUUCACCCACAGUGCUUCGUCACGCCGCGCUCAACCCAAAAUGUAUCCCACGUCAUGAAGACGCUCACGUCUCUCAAGGCCCCCUUCUCCGUCAAGGGCGCCGGCCACACAGCCUUCCCCGGCGGCUCCAACAUCCAGGACGGCGUGACCAUCGACCUCGCCCACCUCGACCAAGUCGCCGUCUCCCCCGACAGGAAAACCGUCGCCGUGGGCCCCGGAAACCGCUGGAUCAACGUGUCCUCGGCCCUCGACCCCCUCGGCCUAGCCGUCGUCGGAGGCCGCGCCGCCAGCGUCGGAGUCAGCGGGCUCACCCUCGGCGGCGGACAGUCCUACUUCUCCGGCCUGCACGGCUGGGCGUGCGACAACGUGCGUAACUUCCAGCUCGUCCUCUCGUCGGGGCGCGUCGUCGACGCCAAUGCCUCCAGCAACGCGGAUCUGUACCGGGCCCUCCGCGGCGGCGGCGGCUCCAACUAUGGCAUCGUCACGCGGUUCGACCUCGCGUCCUUUGAGCAGGGCGACCUGUGGACGCGGUCCUUGGUGUUUGACGGCGGCGAAGCGAACCGGACACUUCUGCCCAGGAUGACGGGCUUGGCGGCCGAGGGCCUGGCCGCCGACCCCGGGGCGCACGCGUACUUUGUCCAGACGUACGACUCGGCUGAGCGGCGGUGGCUGUUCCUCACGAGCUUCUUCCACGCGACGCCUCCUGCUGCCAAUGCCACGCCGGCUGUGUUUGAUGGGUUCGAGUCUGUCCCAGGUCUGGUUUUGGACAAUGCCCUCGUGGGCAGUGUGUCGACGAUUAGCCGGCUUAUUGAUGAGCCGGUUGGUCAGAGGGCUACUUGGUGGGAUACCACCGUCGCGGUGGGAUCGGUGCCGCUGUUCGAAGAGAUUGGUGAAAUGUACAAAGAUUGGGUGGUCCGGGUGAAGGAGGCUGCCCAGACCAGGCAGUUUACACCCUAUCUCGUGUAUCAGCCCAUUACGGACAACAUCUUGGAAAAGAUGCAGCAGAACGGGGGCAAUGCUCUUGGUUUGUAUCCUCAAGAUGGUCCGCUCAUGAUGGUGCAGGUGUCGGCGCGCUGGGCCGACGCCGAGCUGGACGCCGUCAUUGAGAGUUCGGCCAGUGAGCUUCUCUGCGAGAUUGAACGUGUUGCGAGAGAGAAUAAGCUUCUCCGGGGUUAUGUCUACAUCAACUAUGCAGGGCGAUCUCAAGAAGUACUGAGAACAUAUGGUAAUAAUUACCCAUGGCUCCAGACAAUAGCCAAGAAGUGGGAUCCGGAUGGCUUGUUGCAACGCUUGUGGAGAGGUUACUUUCAACUUCGUUGA